AUGCCUAACUGGGGAGCAGAAGAAAAACGCGUUACCAAUAGCAAAGAGCUACGUGAUGUGGAUAUGUAUGUAUAUACACUUCCUGCCGGACUUUUGGGUACUUUUAUUGGUCGAGCCCUCCGUUUCCGUGUGGGGAGCUUUGCCUACACCGUCAGCACAAAAGACCGCGCGCUUAAAUCUGUGGAAGUGGACGCGGACUCUCUGCAGCCGCAGUGUGAAGUUGACCGCCGUAAGUUUGAGCGGGUUGGAUUGACCGCCUCCGAGAUGGAGCGUGUGGCCCGGCGGACCAGCAGUUAUGUACUGAACGCCGCCAGCUUUCCCCGCAUUGUCUACACCGUGGAGCAGCAAAGUGAGGAGGAUAUUGCGGGAAAACUGCAGUUGCGAGGGGAAACACAUCCGGUGCAGUGCAGUAAAGUAGUGGAGGGGCCGGAGCUCAUUGUGCGGUGUCCAAUCGACACACGACUCUUUCAUGUUCCGUUGUACUCGCAGUUGUUUGGAUUGCUGAGUGUUUCACCACACGUGGAGGUGGAGACACGGGUUCCACUAAAGGUACUGAGAUUGUGA